AUGGAAGAUCUUCCACGAUACGUCCCCGAGAAACCGAUGUACGGUUUGAGGACGUCUGAGGGCGGGGAACCGAUCAGAGGAAGUGAUCUGAGAUACAUAGAGGACUCCUCGAAGCGGGACGACGCGGCAGAAGUCCUCAACGUAUACCUCGAUCAGCAGCGAGAGCAGCGCACUGAGCCACAUAUUUACCUGAAUAUGCUAUUCACCGACUCGGCGUUCCAAGAUCGCGGGUUGGGGAAUACAAUGAUGGAAUGGGGCAAUGAGCUGGCGGACAGUUUGAUGGUGGCAAGUUGGGUCGAGGCUUCGGAGCACGGGCAGAAACUGUAUUUGAAGGCUGGUUACGAGGCAGGACAGUCGGUUCUGGUGAAGAACAAGAGCUGGACCGUGGAAUGGCUGCCUAUGCGGAGGCCUGCAAAGCAGCUAAAGCAUGUGGACAUCAAGUAG